AUGAGCUUUAAAUAUGGGCUGAGACAGGCAUUAAUGGCUUUAGUUCACAAGGGCGUUAGGCAGGCAUUAUGAGCUUUAGUAUGGGCUUAGGCAUUACCAUGGGCGUUAGACAAUGCUCCUAAUGAGCUUUAGCAGGCAUUAAUGAGCUUUAGUAUGGGCGUUAGGCAGGCAUUAAUGAGCUUUAGUAUGGGCGUUAGGCAGGCAUUAAUGAGCUUUAGUAUGGGCGUUAGGCAGGCAUUAAUGAGCUUUAGUAUGGGCGUUAGGCAGGCAUUAAUGAGCUUUAGUAUGGGCGUUAGGCAGGCAUUAAUGAGCUUUAGUAUGGGCGUUAGGCAGGCAUUAAUGAGCUUUAGUAUGGGCGUUAGACAGGCAUUAAUGAGCUUUAGUAUGGGCAUUAGCAUUAGACAUUAGACAAUGGCUUUA